UUUUUUUGCACGCUUAUUAACCCUCACCAAAAGAUGAGAUAUACUCCUGUUUACGCAUUAAUCUUUUCUUUGUGCUUACUCUUUGGCUUGGUUUCUACGGCUUCUGUUCAUCAGCAAAGGUAUCUUCAGGCAGCUAGGGGACAAACUACGGCUAGAACUACUACUACAAAGAAGGUAACCACCACUACCACUAAAAAGGCAGCUACAGUCAAGACAACUACCACAAGUAAAGCUGCUCCCACCUCCCCGGCUGGUUCCGGCUCAACAAGUUUCUCUGGCGACGGUACCUGGUUUGAUAUCGGGCUCGGUUCUUGUGGUCAAACCAACACGGACACCGAUUUCGUUGCAGCCCUAAAUGCACCCCAAAUGAUGAACGGAGCAAAUCCUAAUGCAAAUCCCAUGUGUGGUAAGCAGAUUAAAAUCACUAAUCCUGCCAACGGUAAAUCCGUUACCGUCAAAAUCGUUGAUACUUGCCCGCCUUGUGCUUCGGGCUCAGUAGAUUUAAGUCCUGCUGCCUUUAGUGCCAUUGCUGAUUUAUCAGCUGGACGUAUCAAAAUCAAUUGGGUCUUUGUUUAAAUAAAUAAAUUGAAUAAAAAAGGAGGGGGGUAUAAUUCCUCAUUGUUAUU